AUGGUGCCAAGGUUCCGCCUGCAGGGAGUAGCUAGCGCGGUUUCAGUGACGUACAGCUAUGACGUCAAACCGCCCCUGCCGUUCUUCGGCAGGCACCCGCACGUGGAGACACUGGGCACCAACGUAACCUUCCUAAAGACUUUUCGAAAACUUCACAAAAAAAUACAUCGUCACUAUGCACAUUCCUGCUGGAGAAUAUUGAAGCCGAACGAUCACUACACUACUCCUCAGGAAAGCUUCUCUUGCAAGAAUUAA